ACAAUAGAUACAGUUUAUAUAAACUUCUCACUUUCUGGUGGAUGCUUCAUCCCUCAUUCUCAUAAAUUAUCGUUUUUGUUUAAUUGUGUGUGUAGUGCUCCCUGGGAGGAAAUAGUACAGUCUGACACACCGACUGCUGGGGGAUUUAUGCAUUACAGAACUGAGAAAUGACUACAAAAAUGUUUUGAUGUAAAUAAGUUUAUCUUACCAGUCAAAGUAAAGAGAAUAAAGCUGAGAAAACACAUUCAUUAUUUCAAACCUCUGUGAGUUCUCACUAAGAAUUGGUAUUUCAAGGCUGUGAGCACUUAAAUUUAAAAUCUGCUUUGAAAAUUUCUCUUUAAAAAAAGUGUGUUGCAGUACUGAUUGCCAGAUGAUUGAACUCUUUUGGCAUGAACCACUGGUCCUUGAUAAGAACAAUGUGUAUUUUCCAGACGUAAAUCAGCCUGUCCUCAAGAAAGAGGCAAAACAAUUUGGGACUCUGUAGAAACAAUGAAGAAAAAAUGUGGGUUUUCAUCCUCAGGGACAGGACACUGGAUGCAAUGCAAGCUCUACUAGGGCAAUGUGUAUUCAUACUCCUUACUGCAAGCAGAGCCCAAUGGGAAGUGGUUUGCCUCUUAUGGUUAUCAUCCACAAGUCCUGGUGUGGAGCUUGCAAAGCUUUAAAGCCAAAGUUUGCUGAAUCCAAGGAGAUCUCUGAACUUGCCCAUAAUUUUGUUAUGGUCAACCUUGAGGAUGACGAAGAGCCCAAGGAUGAAGCCUUUAGUCCUGAUGGAAGUUAUAUUCCCAGAAUCCUUUUCAUGGAUCCCAGUGGAAAAGUCCAUCCGGAAAUCAUAAAUGAGAGAGGAAACCCCAGCUACAAGUAUUUCUAUACCAAUGCCGAUCAAGUUGUCCAAGGGAUGAAGGAGGCCCAGGAGAAGCUGACAGGUGAUGCUUUCAAACAAAAGCACCUGGGAGAUGAACUAUAAUGGAUACACUAAAUGAUGAUUUUUCACUGCUUCAAAACUAUAAAAGGAAACGAUUGAACAGACUGAGAAUGUAGUUGCACUGAAGGGACAUAAUUCUCCUGUCAACAAUGUUAGGGUAAACCCUGUUUGGAGUUCACACACAUGCAUCAGUCACAGUGUUUUCUCCUCCUGCCUGGAAGUUUGCACUGUGAUGAUUAUUUGCAACUAGGUAACGUGCAAACACGUCCCGUUGUGUGUUUGAGCAGCCACUAAUAUUUGGUGUUAAAAGGGAGGUGUGUAGGGAAGAAUAUUAUAUGAGGACAAACAGUGUGAUUGAAAAAACUAGUAGCAGCCAACAUUUUGACACCUAAUCAGGGUUGAAUUCCUCUUCUCUCACUGGUAUUAUGUGAUCCCAUUGUUUUUACUGGGCAUUGCCAUCAAUGGGGCAUCUUCCUAGGCCAGGUAUUUUCUAGAUAUCCCAAAACACGAAUUCUGCCAGUAAACCCAGUAGAAUACAUUUCAUGAAUGUCCAAGUAGCAUGUGAAAUUAUCAGCUCUGCAAAUGUAUUUUUGUGUAAAACUGUGUGAUUCACUUUUAUUUGCCUUUGGGCAGAAAAUUAACUUUUUCCUUAUGCACUCACCUUUUGAUUGUUCCAUCAAGUGAGGGUGGGUUAUGUUGAAGCUUUACGGGGUUUCCCCUUUUAUUCUUUGAAUGUUUUUUGGCGAAUGCCUUGCCAUCACAUUGUACUGUAUUUUUGUACCAGGGUGAAAAAAAAAUAAACCUUUUUAAACAUAA